AUGAAAUUUUCCAAAGUACUUAAAGCCGAAUGUGUGCCAGAAUGGAAGAGAAAGUAUAUUGACUACAAAGGCCUAAAAAAGCUCUUGAGCUCCGUAGAGAAGGAACGAAUAACCAGAAUAAUACAAGAAUAUAAGAGUAGCGAUAGUCCCAGGUCCAAAUCACAAAAGGAUGAUAUACACACUCGACCUAUUAGUGAAAUCCCUAUCGCAGGAGGUUGUUGCGGUGAAACUGGUGACAUUUCGGCUAAUAUAAACUUGCGAAGACCUCCGCAGUCACAUGAAAUAUCUCGUCGAAAUAACAUUACUUAUUCCCUACCACUGCUCACUACAAAGCUCGAAAAUUCUUCGGUCGAAGGGAAUUGGUUGCCAUCCAAUAAAUCACCUGGCAUGCGAAAUGUACCCGAAAGAAACAAUUCCUUAUUGAACAAACUUUCUUUGAGGAUAUCCUUAGCUACCAAUGAAAAUGCACGAAGCAGGAUAGUCUCGAUCGACACCUUAAUGGACCAAAUGGAUGAAGAAGAGAAGAAAUUUUUCAUUGCUCUACAAAACGAAAUAAAGAAGAUCUCGGAAUUUUGCGACG